CGGGCGGGUGCGGAGCGCCGCGGGGAGGGCUCCGUGCCGGCGGGCGGGAGCGCGCGGGCCUCGGCUCGCGGCCGGGCGGGAAGCGGAGCGUUCCGAGGGGGACGCUUCCGGGGGGAGGCGCGCCCGCCGAGCCGUAGGUGGGGCGGACUCUUCCGGCGGUGAGGAUGGCGGCGGAGAACCACUGCGAUUUCCCGGUCGCCCCGAUCGGCGGCCUCGGCCUGGGAGGCCCGGGCGGGCCCUGCCGCCGGUGCAGCUCGGCGCCUCCCCCCGGCACCGUGCCCGGCAAGUGGGUGCGGCUGAACGUGGGGGGCACCUGCUUCCUGACCACCCGGCAGACGCUCUGCAGGGACCCCAAGUCCUUCCUCUUCCGUCUCUGCCAGGCCGACCCCGACCUGGACUCGGACAAGGAUGAAACAGGUGCCUAUUUAAUAGACAGAGACCCGACCUACUUUGGGCCAGUGCUGAACUAUCUCCGACAUGGGAAACUGGUUAUUAACAAGGAUCUAGCUGAGGAAGGUGUACUGGAAGAGGCUGAAUUCUACAAUAUCACAUCACUAAUAAAACUGGUAAAGGACAAAAUAAGAGAAAGAGACAGCAAAAUCUCACAGGUGCCAGUCAAACACGUGUACAGGGUGCUGCAGUGCCAGGAGGAGGAACUCACUCAAAUGGUCUCCACAAUGUCUGAUGGUUGGAAAUUCGAACAGCUUGUCAGUAUAGGUUCCCAGUAUGGCUGUGGCCGGGCCCAGCAGUCAGAGUAUCUGCUGAUAGUGUCACGGGAAGUGAAAGGGGAAGAGAGAUGCUUCCAGAAAUGCUGCAGUGAGCUGGUCAGUAUCGGCUCUUCCUAUAACUAUGGCAAUGAAGAUCAGGCUGAAUUUCUGUGUGUUGUCUCAAAGGAAUUGCAUAACACUCCCUAUGGCACAACCAGUGAACCCAGUGAAAAAGCAAAGAUUUUGCAAGAACGAGGAUCCAGGAUGUGAAGGCAGUAUUGAAGGGUGAAGUUUUUUCUUGUUUAUUCCAAGAUGCAGUGAAUUGUCACAUUGAAGAGGCUUGGCUGCAAAAGAAAAAAAAAUCUGAUUUAGACAAUUUUCUGUUGAUCUGGGUUCAACCAUUUUUGCCUAUAAGCUGGUGUCCACUGGCUUACAGCAUUGUAAGAUUACUUAAUGGGAAUAGAUGGUGUGGGAGUGUGUUUUAAGUUUUGGUUGUAGUGCAUGGUUGUACUCUCUUAUGGGCUAUCCAACACUGGCCAUCUGAAAAGAAAUAACCACGCACUCAUAUUUUCCUCUGAGACAUGUAGCACUUAAUGCUUGGUGCUGGAUGACCCAAUGUUGAUCAGUUAGCAGAGAUUUUCCUACUAAUAAUCGUAAACAUUUAAAAGACAAUGCAAUUGGUGCUACACACACACACACACACACACGUUACAGCCCACAAAUGCAAAUAAUUGGGCCUAUAUUGUUUCAGAAUCAGUGACAACAUCAGUGACAGCCCCAGCUGACUGUCUCACACUGCACAUUCCUUAUGGCACUGCAACAUAUUCUAUUAGGUAAGAACAGCCUAGGAGAUCAACUGAAACUAGCACGUAAAAAGUUACACAACAAAGGUUUUCUUUAAAGGAAGGUUUGUAUAUAUUGACUGGGUUUAUAGCGUAUGUUAAUACCCAAAGGGAAGACUUUACUCAGAGAAAAUGGCCUUCAUCUGAGUCAUUCUUGAUGUUCCUGCUGACGAAACAGUCUCCUCCUGUAAAAGUCACGCUCCAGUCUUAGAUGUUUGGAAGGGGAAUCGAAAUUCACUUAAGAUGAACAACAGAAAUUUUUGUUUCUUUUGAGAUGUUAGUAUUCAUAUCUGUGCUUGUACUUCUAAAAUUCCUGUAAGUAUUGAUAACAGUGGAUUAUGGGAGAGAUUUUUCAAGAGCUGGAGGUUAUACAGAACUAGGGCUGGCUGGUCCUAGAUCUCCGUCUGUGUGACUGGGAUUCAAAUCAACCUUGAGCAUGAACACAAGUUCAUGCAAUUGAAAAACUUCUUGAAAUAUUGAAAAAUCAGACAUUCAAGAUAACCAUAAUCAGUCUUUCUGUACUGUUGCAACUAUGCAGUUAAAGAACACUGUUUGAAAACAUCUGGUUCAGCUUGAUUAGUUUACGUCCUUGAUGAAGGCUAAUACACAAGACUGGAGCUUUUUAAUACACUAUGUUUUGAGAAAAAUCUUUCACGCGUCUUUAAAACACUUAAUGAUAUUGACAGUAUAAAAUUCAGCUUCACUGACGUAUGUAGCUGAAAGCAGUGGAAGGGAGUUUCAAAAAGUUAUAAAAUCAUUACGAAUUCUAAAGACAUUUGUUUUAAUUCUCAGUAACUUCAGGAUUUAUGCAUAUACUCUAGGUAAUCCUUUACACGAAAGCCUGAUUGUCAAGCACCUAAGGCCUACCCUUUUUUUUCUUAAAAAAAAAAAAAAAAACACACAAAAAAAAACAACAAAAAAAAAAGACUUACUAUACAUUGAUAAAAGUUUGGCAGAAUUUGUAAAACAAAAAAAACAAAAAACAUUUCUACUAAGCUGGUUAAACAAUGAGCUAAACGUUUUGUCCAUGCAUCUAAUGCUUGAAAGGGUUUGUAAUGCAUUUUGCCACUUGGACGUGGUCUGCACUGAAAGCUGCCGGCCCCUCCACAACAACACAUACAAUGUUUGUCUUUUUUAAAGAUGUUCAAACUGAAUUGAAUUUACUAAAAAUGUAAUUGUGUAGGGGAAAAUGUUUAUACUUUUAUACUUUUUUAGGCACCCAUAUUUUAUCAGCUUAAAUUUAGCACCCAAGGUUCCCCUAAAUAGUAACAGAUUAUCUUGUGUAUCUGAAAAUAAGCGUAACUAUUGUCUGUGUUAUCUACAUAUUAAAGCAUUUCCUCUGCUGCAGUAGUCACUGUGUUUUUAAACAGCAUGACUCCACCAUAUUCUCUGAGCUCCACAGCUCAUGGAAUUGCAGCCAACCAGGUUUUUCUUGAUGUGAUUUCCAGAGCAAUGCGGCAUUGGCAUAAGCGUAUUCUAAUGCCCAAAGUAUCUGUGGAAUAAUCCUUCUAAAUCUGCACUUCCAUUGUCUCUCUUAUUUAACCCUCAAAAGACAGAGUAUUUUAUUUCAUGAGGUGAGAUCUUCAAGAAUGGCAGCAGCAAAGCAUAAGUAACAAACUGAGCCAAUCGAACAAACUUAGAGUACGGAAAAGGUUUUUUUUUUCUAAGUAUGUUUUUUCACUGGAUUUUUUUUCAGUUUUAAAACAUGCUUUUAUGUUGAGAUUACCUGCUCUUCAGUUUACAUUGUAUCCCUGUUGUAGCAAAUUUGGGGAAAAUGGUGGUUAAUCAUUUUGCACUUUGUUUCCAAUACCUCACAGAGAUUUUAAGCAAAAAAAAAAAAAAAAAAGGCAGGUACCUUGUAAAUUAUUUUAUAUGUGCUAUUGCUUGAGAACACCUGAACUACCUACUUUCCUGUUCUUGCUGUUGUUGAUUUUUUUUGUGAACAUCUGAGGCUUUCAGAUAGAUGGAAGUGCAAUCAUACACCUUUUUCAAGGCAUUAAGAAUCAAUCCCUAAAGGUUUUUAUUUGACUCUUGUAAUUUGAAAUACAGUUAGCUACUGUAAUGGGUUUUUUUUUUUCAUUAGAGUCCAAUCUACAUCACGUUUUUCAAAAAUUACUUCAUACGUUAACAUCUUGCAGGAUGAGGUAACGUAUGGAUGUCGUUUCAACCGGCAUCCUUUGUUUAUUUUCUGUCCUCUGGGGAGUAUUUACCUUAAGCGAACUGUUCAUGACUAUGUAAAACUGAUGCUAAGGGGUUCUGUUUGAAAAGCUAUUCUGAAAAAAAGUGUGAGGUGAGCUCUGGGUUUUUACAGAUUCUCUCUCUCUCCUUACAUCAAAACAGUAUUCCAAAUUAGGAUUGAGGAUUUUGAGCAUGGAGAGAUUGAAGAAGGAGGAAAGUAGGAAGGGGGAGGCACUAAAACAUACAGUUAGUCAAGGUAACUGCUCAUGAAAAUGUAAGUUCUGUGGAAGGUUUAGCUUCCCACACUUUCACUGUAUGAAUAUUCAGGGCAGUAGUUUGGCAUGUUGCUCGUGGACAAGGAGGCCACUUCAGUAGAUCAUAGUGGAUUUUUAGAGGAAUUUCUCAGAGGCUUUCAUUGCAUGAUGGACUUCUUGUUUAAGAACCAAGAAGUCUAUACUUAACUAUAUUCAUUUCUUUAAGUUAGGAAACAGGCUGUUUUUUUAAUAUUGGAAAUGACUGAUUUUUAUGUCAAACACUUUUGCAUUUCUUCAGGCAGCAAUUGAAUCAGAGUUUAUCUGCAAUGAACAAGUCAUUCUGAGGCUGUGAAGUUGUGAAUGGAACUGUCCAAAAGUAUGAUCUGACUCAGGAGGUCCCACAGUAUGUGUGAAAUAGAUUUUUUAGGAAAAGGUUACCUGGAAUUUUCUCUUACUUACUAUGGGGUUUCUGAGGAUUAUGGAUAAUUGCAGUUUAUUAUCCCACAGAAACGUGUGUCACAGGCCUGGUCGCCUACUGAACUUUCAGUCCUCAGAAUCAUAUACUCGGAACAUUUGGAAAAUGUUGUUGGUUUUGUUUUUCAAAUUCAGUAGGCUUCUUGUAGCGUUAACAGUUCCUUUCAUCUUCCCGCCUGAGCAUGAGUAAAACAUAUUUUUGAAGAAAUUGAGCUCAAGAUAUCCAUCCAGCUUUUUCUCUUCAGACUUUAUUCAGGCAGUAGUUGUAUAGCUCCAUUUCUAGCAGUAUUUCUGUGCAGUUAUGACUGAUGAGAAACUGGAUUGUUUCCUGAAGAUACCAGAAUUUGAUUCAAUCUCUUCUUUUUCUGAGAGUGGGACUUUUUUUAGGAGAAAAAAAAAUAAAGUCUAACGGAUUAAACAAAAGAAAAUGCGCUUGCUCAGGGAGCAGGUCUGGUGCGUGGGAUGAUGAUAUUUUCAGAAAACUAAUUCUCAGAACAGAACACUGCAUUCCGUGAACAUCUGUUGAGGUUGCUGGAAGUUUCAGUCUCUUUUUGAGCAGGAACAAACUCAUAUCAUUUACAAAUUACUGUUCAUUAGUAUUAUAAAAAUGAACGUACAAUGCAGAAAUGUGUGAGUGAAUGCAGUUAUCUAGGAAAUGCAUUAUAAUGUGUAUUGCCCAGUCGUUCAGGUAUGCUGGAAUACAUUCCUUGAGAAGCACUGGGAGAAUUGCUAAGAACUGGGCUUUUCUUGAGGAUCAAGAUCAAGGGAAAAAAGAGAGUCUGGAGACGAAGCUUGGCAUUUUGUUCACUUAAAAUGCAGUAAAACCACAAAGUGUCAUUCUCCUGUUUUAAUCUCUCUCAGCAUCAACAAUCUCUGUUGAGUUUUUUGAAUUAACAUCUUCAAUCAGCCCUGAAAGUUGGGGUCCUUGAAAAAGAGAUGAGAUUUUGCUUUGACUUUAGCAGUACCUGUUAUCUCAGGACAGUAGGGUUAAAACUUACAGGGGUCGCUGGUGAAGUGUCUUUCCUAACACAGCCAUUUUGAGAUAUAUACAGGAAGCUGUCUGUUUGCUUCACUAUACUUUAGACUGCAGUUAUUUGCAGCUUUAAGGACAAUCUCAGGAUUUUACCUGGGUUUGUGAAUAGGAUUAUUGAUUCUUAAAAUAGGAUAAAUAUUCAGUUAAAAAAAAAUGCAGAAAGCUGCCUGGACUCGAUGUAAUAUAAUUUUCCUUUCUUUUGGCUCACAACAAUCAGGAGCUGUCUUUAAAGGCUUCUUACAGGACUGAGGCUUUAAAGGGCUAAAUAGGUCUUAUUUUAUUGUUCAGUUUGUGUAAAUGAAGGAGCUCUUUUCAUUUUCACUGCAGAAAUCCUAAGGGCUAAAAUACUGUCCAGGGCUAAUUUGAGGUUCUAGAAACAUAAAUAACUUCUAAAAAGCAGCUAGUCUGUUUUUCUAACUCAGAUUCUAAAAUCAUUUUUAGAAAUUGCAGAUAUAACCAAUUGCAGAUAUAGUUGCUUUCAUAUCCUGUUUGGAAUUUCAGUAUCCAGCUUGGUAAGGAGUACAGUAGAGAUGACAGCACAUUUGCCCACCACUUUAUUAUUGCCCAUGUUGAAAUUUAACAGCUGUUGUGAACAGAAGUGCCAACAGGGAGACUUUGAGGAAGAUUCUGUGCCAGGAAAUUGAUGCUGAAUAUUUCAUUGCAACUUAGCUGUCCUUCACUGUUGCAAGAUCUACCAAGGUAUGAACUUCUGGAAAGUUCAGUAAAUAAAUACUGCCGCAGACAGAGCCUUCUGGGUUCUUUCCAGGGUUCUCUUCAGGAUGUUAUGUGUUAAUAACUUACUAUAAUGAGAACAAUUUAUUGAGAGUUAUUUUGAUCCUUUGGAGGCAGCUGGGGCAGGAGAAGGUUCUGCAAGUUCUCCUUGCUUUGGAAUGCUGAGCCUAGGGUUUGACCCAACCUUGCACCUGUUGAGACUUCCAGGCCUGAUCAUAUGACAUGUAAGAGUUGAUGUAUCUAUGUACGUGAUUCUUGCUCCUUUUCAAGAUUUUACAAAAGCUCAUGCACAACGUUACUCAAAUUUUUUAAGUUGGCCCACGCAUUCUUGCUAGGAUAAAGCAAGUGCCAAGACACUGUCAAAAAAAAAAAAAUGUUGCCAACCUGUCUACUUGGAACUGAAUCAAGAUCACCAAACUGAACAAGUACCAAAUGGCAACUAUCUCAGCCUGCUUCUGUCCUGAGCCUCAUCUGAGCCUAGCUGUGAAAAAAUCUCUGAAUCUAUUUCCUACAGUCUAUCUAGGCCCACAUACCCAAUUCAGCAGGUUGGUUUUGUUUGUUUUAAAGCACCUGUCUCACAAUUAGUUGUGCAUCAGCUGUUUGUGUUAAUAUCCAAGUGGCCAUACUUGCAACAUGUUAUUUCCUGGAUAGUGGAUUAGCAAUAAUAUAUACUUUACUUUAUUUAUAUACUAUAUACUAUAGUAUAUAAAUAAGUACAUACUAUACUUUAUUUUGUGCCAAUUCGUUAUCUUUGAAGUGUUCUUACUGCAGCAAAGUUUGAGUUUUGAUUUGGUUUUAAUGCCUUUGCAUUAGCCAGAACUCUUAGCACAGACAUGGACAAAAAAUUGAAUCCAGGGAGUUUCCCUGGAUAAAAAAUCUGCUAGGGCUUCCCAAGACAUUUGAAGCUGGUAUAGUUAGCCAUCAUUUUUAAAACAAAGAUAUGAUGAAAAAUGUGUGUGGGUAUUUUUUUAACCUCCUUUUCAUAACACUAGCAUAUUGUAAACUGCAUGAAAUAAAUCUGUUUUUCCCUUUUAAA